GCAAUAUAUAUGCUUCUAAAACUAACUAUGUCUGGUUCGGACAACAGAAGAAACAGCAGCGAAAAUGAUAAGAAGAAGAUGAUGCAUAGGGACAGUGAACGCCAAAGAAGGCAGCAAAUGGCAUUACUCAAUGCUUCACUUCGAUCCCAGCUGCCUUCUGAAUCGAUCAAGGGAAAGCGCUCGGUCUCCGACCAUAUUAAUGAAGCCGUGAAUCAUAUAAAUAACAUGAAGAACAAGAUCGAGCAACUUACGGUAAAGAAAGAUAAGCUUGAAAGUUCAUCAAAUAUAUCAACAAGCAGCCCCAAAAGUGAGAGUAGUUCAGAAAAGCAGUGUUUGGCUAACUCGAUUGUAAUUCGGCCUUUUUGGGGUGGAAUAGAGAUUGUGAUAAGUAGUGGAGGCCUUAGAGGGAAGGAUCUGCCUCUAUCAUGUGUGCUUGAAGUACUAGUUCUUGAAGAAGGAUUGAAUGUGGUGAGGUGUGCUUCUACCAGAGCAAAUGGAACGCUGAUUCACACAGUUCAAGCCGAGGUUGAUGAUAUAAACCGUAUUGAUUUGUCUGAGCUGCAACAGAAACUAAGCAUGUGCUGUCCCGACUGA